AUGUCUGUCAAGAGCGCCGUUCUUGGUUACCCCCGUGUUGGCGUCAACCGUGCCCAGAAGAAGGCCACCGAGGCCUACUGGGCCGGCAAGAUCUCGGAGCAGGAGCUCCAGACUGCUUCGCAGGCUGUCCGCAAGGAGCGCUGGGAGGCCAUCAAGGCCGCUGGUGUUGACAUCAUCCCGUCGGGUGACUUCACUCUUUACGAUGGUCUUCUCGACCACUCGUUCAACUUCAACGUUGUUCCCGAGCGCUUCACCAAGCAGGGUCUCUCCCCCCUUGACACCUACUUCGCCAUGGGCCGUGGCCGUCAGGACCGCGCCAAGGGCAUCGACGUUGCCGCUAACGAGAUGGGCAAGUUCUUCGACUCGAACUACCACAUCGUCAAGGUCGACCACGCCCCCACCACCGAGUUCAAGCUCGUCCGCAACCAGUGGCUCGAGGAGUACAAGGAGGCCAAGGACCUCGGCAUCGAGACUCGCCCCGUUCUCUUCGGCCCCAUCACCUACCUUGCUCUCGUCCGCGCCUCGCGUGACGCCCCCGCCGACUUCCAGCCCCUCGACCUCCUCGACAAGCUCGUCCCGGUCUACGUCGAGGUUCUGAAGUCGCUGAAGGAGGCUGGUGCCCAGUCCGUGCAGCUCGACGAGCCCAUCCUUGUCACCGACAAGGCCGAGGCUUACGGCGACCUCUACAAGAAGGUCUACGCCGAGCUCGCCGCCGCUGAGCUCCCCAUCACCCUCACCACCGCCUACGGCCGUGUCGGCAAGUCGCUUGACUACCUCAAGGACCUCCCCAUCGCUUCCCUCCACCUCGACCUUAACCGUGAGCCCCAGCAGCUCGACGCCGCCCUCGAGGCCCUCAAGCCUACCGGCAAGGGCAUCGAGCUCGGUCUCAUCUCGGGCCGCAACAUCUGGAAGAACGACCUCGCCGCUUCGAAGAAGCUUGCUGAGAAGGCUGUCGCCGCCCUCGGCGCUGACAAGGUCGUCGUCUCGACCUCGUCGUCGCUCCUUCACACCCCCAUCUCGCUCAAGGUCGAGACCAAGCUCACCCCCGAGCAGGUCGCUUGGCUUGCGUUCGCCGAUGAGAAGUGUGAGGAGGUUGCCACUCUUGCCGCUGCCCUCAACGGCGAGGAGAACGAGGCCUUCCAGAAGAACACCAAGGACAUUGCUGCCCGUCGCGAGUUCGAGACCACCUCGGACUCGGCUGUCCGUGACCGCGUCCAGGCCAUCACCCCCGAGAUGAGCAAGCGCAAGUCCGACUUCUCGGUCCGCUCCAAGGUCCAGGCCGAGGCCAUCAAGCUCCCCAAGUUCCCCACCACCACCAUCGGCUCGUUCCCCCAGACCAAGGAGAUCCGUGUCGCCCGUGCCAAGUUCGGCAAGGGUGAGCUCACCAAGGAGCAGUACGAGAAGGCCAUGGAGGACGAGAUCAAGUCGGUCGUCGACAUCCAGGAGCGUCUUGACCUUGACCUCCUCGUCCACGGCGAGCCCGAGCGUAACGACAUGGUUCAGUACUUCGGCGAGCUCCUCAACGGCUUCAUCUUCACUCAGCUCGGCUGGGUUCAGUCCUACGGCUCGCGUUACGUCCGCCCUCCUAUUGUUGUUUCGGACAUCUCGCGCCCUGCGCCCAUGACUGUCCGCUGGUCGUCGUACGCCCAGUCGGUGUCGAAGAAGCCCAUGAAGGGCAUGCUUACCGGCCCCGUCACCAUCCUCAACUGGUCGUUCCCCCGUGCCGACGUCUCCAAGGAGGUCCAGGCCAAGCAGCUCGCCCUCGCCCUCCGCGACGAGGUCAUCGACCUCGCCAACGCCGGCAUCUCGGCCAUCCAGGUCGACGAGCCCGCCAUCCGUGAGGGUCUUCCCCUUCGCAAGGAGGACUGGGACGCCUACCUCAACUGGGCCGUCGAGUCGUUCCGCCUCUCGACCUCGGGUGUUGAGGACAAGACCCAGAUCCACUCGCACUUCUGCUACUCGGACUUCGACGACAUCUUCCCCCACAUCCAGGCCCUCGACGCCGACGUCAUCUCGAUCGAGGCCUCCAAGGCCGACCUCAAGCUGCUUGACACCUUCAAGGAGUUCGGCUACAAGAACGACAUCGGCCCCGGUGUCUACGACAUUCACUCGCCCCGUGUCCCCUCCGAGCAGGAGAUCAAGGACAAGCUUGCCGCGUUCGUCAAGGUCAUCCCCGCCGAGCGCCUCGUUGUCAACCCCGACUGCGGUCUUAAGACCCGCGCUUGGAAGGAGACCGAGGAGUCGCUCACCAACCUCGUCAACGCCGCCAAGUGGGCCCGCGAGAACCUCUAA